AGGUAAGAUGGCGGGCUCGCGGUGAGUCGCAGUCAUUUCCCUCUCCUUCGCUCGUCUAGGAGUCCCUAAAAGGGGUGAAAAUAGGUAUACCUAGAAGCAGUUUUUUUUUUUUUUUAGAAGCAGAUUUUAAAAGCAGUUUCUCUUCAAAUCAUCUUUCUUACCACCUGAUAAGCAUCUUGAUUCACCAUGGCAUUGGCAGCAGUAAAAUGGGCGAUAUCAAGCAGAACUAUCUUGAAACAUUUAUUUCCAAUUCAAAAUGGAGCCUUAUAUUGUGUUUGUCAUAAAACUACGUAUUCUUCUCUUCCAGAUGACUAUAAUUGCAAAGUAGAGCUUGCUUUGACAUCUGAUGGCAGGACAAUAGUAUGCUAUCACCCUUCUGUGGACAUUCCAUAUGAACACACAAAACCUAUCCCUCGGCCAGAUCCUGUGCAGAAUAAUGAAGAAACACAUGAUCUAGUGCUGAAAACCAGAUUAGAAGAAAAAGGUGAACACUUAGAGCAAGGACCCAUGAUAGAACAACUUAGCAAAAUGUUCUUUACUACUAAACACCGUUGGUAUCCUCGUGGACAGUAUCAUAGACGUCGUAGGAAACUGAAUCCUCCAAAAGACAGAUGAUAUUGAGGUUUUCAGGAAUCAAAGAGAAAUGUUAUCCUGCGUCUCAUUUGCCAUUUGAGAAAAUACAAUUGGGUAUAUUCACUAAUAUGUUAUAUAGUAAAAUAAUAAAAUGUCUUCUCAUAUA